AUGGAGACCAAAGCAACAUGGGGAACGUUCAAGGCAUUUCUAACAGAACUAGCCGCAGCAUUCAAAGACGAAAGCCUCAAACAGAAGGCAAGGCAGAAGUUGUUUACCAUAAGAAUGGGAAAACACUUAGCAGAUGACUUCAUCAUGGACUACCUCAUGAUGGCUGGAGAAAGCAGAUUUGAUCUGGAAUCCACUGUCAACUAUUUCUGCCAAGCUAUACACCCGGAAAUUCUCAAACAAAUCUAUCAGCUACCAGAAAUGCUGACCACCAUGGACAAUUGGAACAACCCCUUCCACUACAAUUCAUCGAACACCCCUUCCUCUAUGAAUAACUCCAUCAUCCCAAUGGCCAUCGACUCAGUCUGUACGGCUUUGACUGAUAAAGAACGAAACAAGUUGCGAAUGGAAGGAUAUAUGAAGGGUCAGCUGGACAUGUUCAACAAAGUAGUGGAAAGAUGGGGAACCGCCUGGCUUAGGCCGGUGGAAGGAUGGCAACAGGAGGAGGAGGCUAUGGCCGAGUGUUCUCGGCAAGAGCUCAAAGCAGUAAUGAGAGAAGCGCUAUGA